GCAGUGCACGAGGCCCGCCGUAAACGGCUCCCUCGCGCCACUUCCGGCCGGCUUCUGCAGACGGCGCUGGUGGGGGAACGAGAGGCGCCGGAGGUCGUUCUUGGCGGCAGGAGCCAUGGAGAUGCCUCUGCCACCCGAUGACCAGGAACUUCGAAAUGUCAUCGAUAAGCUGGCCCAGUUUGUGGCUCGCAACGGGCCCGAGUUUGAGAAGAUGACGAUGGAGAAGCAGAAGGACAACCCGAAAUUCUCGUUUCUGUUCGGAGGCGAGUUCUACAGUUACUACAAGUGCAAGCUGGCCCUCGAACAGCAGCAGCUCAUCUGCAAGCAGCAGGCCCCAGAGCUGGAGCCAGCCACAGCCCUGCCACCCCUCACACAGCCCCCGCUAGCCCCUGCUGCACCCAUCCCACCUGCCCAGGGAGCCCCGUCCAUGGAUGAGCUCAUCCAGCAGAGCCAGUGGAACCUGCAGCAGCAGGAGCAGCACCUGCUGGCCCUCAGACAGGAGCAGGUGACGGCGGCGGUGGCCCAUGCAGUGGAGCAGCAGAUGCAGAAGCUCCUGGAGGAGACCCAGUUGGACAUGAAUGAGUUUGAUAACCUGCUGCAGCCCAUCAUUGACACGUGCACCAAAGACGCCAUCUCGGCCGGGAAGAACUGGAUGUUCAGCAAUGCUAAGUCCCCUCCACACUGUGAGCUGAUGGCGGGCCACCUCCGGAACCGCAUUACAGCUGAUGGGGCGCACUUUGAGCUGCGGCUGCACCUCAUCUAUCUGAUCAAUGAUGUGCUGCACCACUGGGCCCUGAUGCGCGGAAGGUCUCUCCCUCACAGCCAGCGCAAGCAGGCCAGGGAGCUGCUGGCCGCCCUGCAGAAGGUUGUGGUGCCCAUCUACUGCACCAGCUUCUUGGCCGUGGAGGAAGACAAGCAGCAAAAGAUUGCCCGGCUCCUUCAGCUGUGGGAGAAGAAUGGCUACUUUGACGACUCCAUCAUCCAGCAGUUGCAGAGCCCGGCCCUGGGGCUCAGCCAGUACCAGGCCACGCUCAUCAACGAGUACUCCUCAGUCGUCCAGCCAGUGCAGCUGGCCUUCCAGCAGCAGAUACAGACCCUCAAGACACAGCACGAGGAGUUUGUCAACAGCUUGGCCCAGCAGCAGCAGCAGCAGCAGCAGCAGCAGCAGCAACAGCAGCAGAUCCAGAUGCCACAAAUGGAAGCCGAAGUCAAGGCCACACCACCACCACCUGCCCCGCCGCCAGCCCCCACGCCCACCCCAGCCAUCCCACCAACUACCCAGCCCGAUGACAACAAGCCUCCCAUCCAAAUGCCCGGCUCCUCUGAUUAUGACACCUCGGGAGGGGUCCAGGACCCUGCAGCCACUGGCCCCCGGGGCCCUGGGCCCCACGACCAGAUCCCGCCCAACAAACCCCCCUGGUUUGACCAGCCUCACCCCGUUGCUCCUUGGGGUCAACAGCAGCCUCCUGAGCAGCCCCCCUACCCACACCACCAGGGCGGGCCACCCCACUGCCCGCCUUGGAACAACAGCCAUGAGGGCAUGUGGGGUGAGCAGCGCGGGGACCCAGGCUGGAACGGCCAGCGUGAUGCACCCUGGAACAGCCAGCCCGACCCCAACUGGAAUAGCCAGUUUGAGGGCCCCUGGAACAACCAGCACGAGCAGCCACCCUGGGGUAGCGGCCAGCGAGAGCCACCCUUCCGCAUGCAGCGGCCGCCACACUUCCGUGGGCCCUUCCCACCCCAUCAGCAGCACCCACAGUUCAACCAGCCGCCACACCCCCACAACUUCAACCGCUUCCCACCCCGCUUCAUGCAGGAUGACUUCCCCCCGAGGCACCCCUUCGAGCGGCCACCCUAUCCUCACCGCUUUGACUACCCCCAGGGGGACUUCCCUGCUGAGAUGGGACCCCCUCACCACCACCCUGGCCACCGCAUGCCACAUCCUGGGAUCAAUGAGCACCCACCUUGGGGGGGCCCCCAGCACCCUGACUUUGGCCCUCCUCCCCAUGGCUUCAAUGGACAACCCCCCCACAUGCGGCGACAGGGCCCUCCCCACAUCAACCAUGAUGACCCCAGUCUGGUCCCCAACGUUCCCUACUUUGACCUCCCCGCCGGGCUGAUGGCCCCUCUUGUGAAGCUAGAAGAUCACGAGUACAAGCCUUUGGACCCUAAAGACAUUCGCCUUCCACCCCCCAUGCCACCAAGCGAGAGGCUGCUGGCGGCCGUGGAGGCCUUUUAUAGCCCUCCUUCCCAUGACAGGCCCAGGAACAGUGAAGGCUGGGAGCAGAAUGGCCUCUAUGAGUUCUUCCGAGCAAAGAUGCGGGCCCGACGGCGGAAAGGCCAGGAGAAGAGGAACAGCGGACCCUCACGGUCUCGGAGCCGAUCCAAAAGCCGAGGGCGUUCCUCCUCUCGCUCCAACUCGAGGUCCUCCAAGUCAUCUGGCUCAUAUUCGAGGUCACGGUCACGCUCCUGCUCCCGUUCCCGCUCCUACUCCCGUUCCCGCUCCAGAAGCCGUAGCCGAUCCCGCUCCUCAAGAAGCCGCUCGAGGUCCCGUUCCCGCUCCCGGUCCAAGUCAUACUCCCCAGGGAGGAGACGUCGGUCGAGGUCCAGGAGCCCUACUCCGCCGCUUGGGGAAGAGAACAAAGGACAUCAGAUGCUGGUGAAAAUGGGCUGGAGUGGAUCUGGCGGCCUCGGCGUGAAAGAGCAAGGGAUCCAGGACCCCAUCAAGGGGGGGGACGUGCGGGAUAAGUGGGACCAGUACAAGGGUGUGGGCGUGGCCCUGGACGACCCCUACGAGAACUACCGCAGGAACAAGAGCUACUCCUUCAUCGCCCGCAUGAAAGCCAGGGACGAGUGCAAGUAGGAGUGGUGAGGAGCCACACCAGCCGCUGGCAGCUUAGCCAUUGGGACCUUCCUGGCUUAUUAGCUAUGGAAGAUGGUAGGGACAGCUCGAUUCUCACACAGCCUCCAUCUUUGGAGAGCGACAGAAGAGAAAGACAACCACAGCAUGCCUAGUGAUCAGUGCCAUGCUCAACCGCGGGGAGGCACAGGCCCCACCUGCAAACCAGCUCUAAUGUAGAAGUAAGAGUCACAUGAGAAGACACCCCGAACUCAUUCCCUGGACAGUGAAGCGAGAUACCUGAGCCCUUCUUCCCCGGACAAGAAUCCUUAACACCUGAAGGAAUGGAUGUCUCACAUCUCUACCAUCAGAUGUGAGUCUCAACUCAGCAGGCACUGUGUGGGGGCCGCCCUGGAUGAACACAGCACCCCCCUAGGCAAGGGGCAUGGUGGGCCAGCUCCACAGCCCAUACCUCCCAUGUGUCAUGACAAAGCUCAGGCCAGGCGCUAGUAUUACUCUUAAAAAAUGGAAAAACAAAACCUUGAUUUGCAAAGUUAAACAGGGUUUUCAUUUUUACUUCAAAUGGUUUAGUUUUAAAAAAAGAAAUAUUGAUCUAAGAUGACCCCCAGUGAAAUAAUUUGAAACUUGAUUCCUCCAAAACAUACUGGCCCUUAGUUGAUUUUUUUUUUUUUUUGAAAGUUAGCCAUUUGUUGUUAUCUCCAGAAACAGAAGGAUCUAAGGAGAUGGAUCUGAGGCAUCUUCAGGUGACAGAGUAACACCCAUGGGGGACCUGUGACCUUAGUGUCUGCUUGUGUUUUUCACUUAAAGGAACCCCAACACCAGCACUUCUGUGCGAUAGCCCACUCAGACCGACACACCUCCUGCUCUGUCACUUCCUUUUCCUACCCACCCCUCCGACCCCAAGGAGGCGAGGCCUGGAGGGAGCCACGGGGUGCCUGCGCCGGGAUGGGCUGUAUGUGGCGUCUUAGGCAGUGGGGUGCAGUGCCGUUUAUUUGUACAGAAACAUUUUUGAAAAAUUCUUUUCAAUAAGAUGCAAAAUCCUCUCCAACUUUUCAACCUGAUGUGAUAAAAAUACUUGAUUUUGUUCUAGGUUUCCUGUAGCUGUGUAUUGUUUAAACGCAUCUGAUUCAGGAUAAAGCAUAAACACUUGCUGUUAACAAUUUCUUGUGGGUUUUACUGUUUUGCCUUCAAAUAAAGACUUUUUCAUAAA